AACGGUUUUCGGUAGCGCUGUCUUAGAAGGGCGGGGGGGAGGAGGUGACGAGUCUGUGUUCCCUGACCCUUGGGCCCCAGCGACCCCGCACCCCUGCAGACACCCCAAGAUGAUGGGCUGUGAGGAGCCAGAGCUGGAGUCGGUGGAAGGGGGAGAGGCCGUGGCUGACCCAGGGCCACUCCCAGAACCCCGAGCCCCCGUGCCCGGAGCCCCCGUGCCGGAGCCCGGCCUGGACCUGAGCCUAAGUCUGAGCCCUCUGUCCGAGAGCCCCGGGCGCGGGCGGUCCAACUGCAGCCCGGGACGGCGGAAGGGGCGGGCAGACCGGCGGGGCGGGGCCCGCAAGGGGCGGCAGGUCCGCUUCCGCCUGGCGCCGCCCUCCCCGGUACGGUCCGAGCCGCCGCCGGCCGCCACCGCACCGAGCGAGAAGCUCGCGGCGCCGCAGGACCUGGGGACGCCCGCGCAGCAGAGCAGCCUGGCCCUGAGCUUCGAGCUGCAGGCCGCGCGGGCCGCAGCCGGGGGCCAGUUCGAUGCCGCGAAGGCCGUGGAAGAACAGCUGAGAAAGUCGUUCCAGACCCGCUGCAGCCUGGAAGAGAGCGUGGCCGAGGGGCUGAACGUGCCGCGCUCCAAGCGGCUCUUCCGAGACCUGGUGAGCCUGCAGGUGCCCGAGGAACAGGUUCUGAACGCCGCGCUGAGGGAGAAACUGGCGCUCCUGCCGCCGCAGGCCCGAGCCCCGCCUCCAAAGGAGCCAUCUGGGCCAGGGCCAGACAUGACCAUUUUGUGUGAUCCAGAAACAUUAUUUUAUGAGUCUCCACACCUGACCCUGGAAGGUCUGCCCCCUCUCCGGCUUCAACUCCGGCCCCGCCCUUCAGAGGAUACCUUCCUUAUGCAUCGGACACUGAGGCGAUGGGAAGCGUAGACUUGGGAGGCUCCCUGGAUUGCUAGUUCAUAUCUUUUUGUUUUUAAACUAUGAGAAUAAAGUGGUUUUGCUAACAAA